AUGCCCGGAUUUCUUUCCGCAGAGUUUUCUUCUUUCCUGCAUUUCGCCCGUGUCGCGCUGCGCCACGUGCGACUCCUCACGUGUGCAGCGCUGCAGGUGGACUCGAUCCUCAUUGAUGAGGCUUGGCUCGGCCGCAGGUUGAGACGUGACAUGAGGGAAGAUCCAAAUCGGAUGAAGUCGGUAGAAAAGGAAGGUCUCUGUGGUGAAAACACCUACCAGCCACAGGCGCGAACACCUUUGAUCAUCUCCGGCGUGGCGGAUAACACACCAACCAAGUACAAGGUGGCUCAGGAGGUGGUGCGUGCGUUGAAGCCGGAGGCGCGGGCCUUCUCCCAAUGGGGUGGACAUCGCAAGGUGCACUACACCGUUGAUGAGAAGCAGCGUCAGUGCGUGCUCAUCGAGGGCGGAGUGGAAGCGGCCGAGAAGCUCCUGGGGAAGGAUGACCUCUUUGAUCCUGAGGACCCCUGGUUCCCCUUUGUCACCAACGCUCUGAAUGCCAAAGAGCUCUACAUCAAAGACAAGGCCUACAUCGUGAAGCGUGGCGAGGUCAUGAUCGUGGAUGAGUUCACAGGCCGUGUCAUGGAGGGCCGACGCUGGAGCAAUGGUCUGCACCAGGCCAUUGAGGCCAAGGAGAAUGUGCAGAUCCAGGCUGAGUCCGUGACCUUGGCCAGCAUUUCCUACCAAAGCCUUUUCCGUCUCUUUGACAAGCUGAGUGGCAUGACGGGUACAGCCUUCACUGAAGCGAAGGAAUUUGAGGAGGUCUACAAGUUGAAGACCGUCGUCGUGCCUCCAAAUCUGGUGAGGAAGCGUGCAGACAAGGACGAUCAGGUCUAUGUGGAUGACAUCGGCAAGUGGAAGGCCGUGGCACGCGAGGUGGAGAAUGCCCACCGCAUUGGGCGACCGGUGCUCAUCGGGACCACGAACGUGGAGAACUCCGAGAUCAUCGCCGAGCUCCUGGACGCCUUGGGUGUGGCCUAUCAGCUGUUGAACGCGAAGCCGGAGAACGUGGCGCGCGAGACGGAGAUCGUGGCAUCCAGUGGCCGGAAGUACGUGCGGGGCCGCAAGGGUCGCCUGGGCGGGGGCGGCUGGCGGUUUAAGGGGACUUCGUGUGUGUGA